AUGGGAUGGCCCUCACCUGCUAGUAUUAAAGAGAUCUUUGGUUCGCACUUCGAGCUUCCUGAUCUCGGACCCAUCGGAGGACACGGAAUGGCUAACCCGAGAGAUUUCGAGGUACCGUUAGCGAGUUUCGAGAUUGACGAAACGUCAUGGGAGGUUGUUUACAAGAUCGGAGGACAACUAUUCUCUGCCGCACAAGACCACAUGCCCUUUGACAUGGUAGCAUGGCAGGGGAACCCAUCCAAGGACCAUAUCGACCCUUCAGUCUUCACGGUCCUGACGGCCAAGUCCAAGGCUCCUGGCAUUCCGCUCGUCAACGUCCUCGUCUUCGCUGAGAGGUGGAAUGUUGCGACUGACACUUUCCGACCACCAUACUAUCAUCGGAACAAUGCCACCGAGAUUACUGUGUUCUGUCCUCAUGGACAGAAGCGAUUGUUAACCUUGAUCGAUCUUCUAGCGCCUCCUGAAGUGCACAAGGCUGCGAGCGUGGUAGAGCUCAAACCGGAGCGAACCACCAAAGACUCGAUAGGUAUUUUGUCUGAGACGCCAAUGGUGUUGACGAUGACUGAUUAUGCCAUGAAUCGGGCUGGGACGGUUGCUGAAUCCGAACCACUGUCUUUCCCGCCAGAUUUUAUUGCCCAUCUGGAUGAGAUUAACGCUGACCUGAAGGCUGCUGGAUACGAAGAAUUGAAGAAGAGAUCCGACUGACUUCGAUGAUUAUGAGAGCACCAUCUCAAUUAGCAUUUCGAUCAUCGCUAGUCAAGAAACGAGCAGACCAGAAAUUAUGUAUGUACAACCAAUAUCAAAUCACAUUUUCACCUUGCUUUGCCGCAUUUUCCCCACUGAAACGUACUGAUAACGGGAAAACGGAGCUCUGGAGCAUCUCUUCGAGUCUUCCUUGUGAGUGCUGGUGACUGGCGAAUAAUAAUCUGCGCAUAUAUCCACCUUUCGAUCAUCGCCCUUCUGAAUCUAUCAGCAAGGCUGACAUAUGGUCACGAAAUCACAGUUGCUUUCUAUGUUCUUUCCCACAGAGAUGGUCCCAAGACACAAUUUGAUGACAAAGAAUAGACGGUGAGGUGAGUUUCAUUCAAUGCUG